AUGUUAGAAUCUAAAGUAAAUAGUAUUUAUCAAAACAAAGAGGAUAGAAAAAGAAUUUCUUCCAAAGAUAAGAAGCUAGUUAAAAUUUAUGAAAGGAUAACAGGAAUAAUUGAUAAUAUAAUUUCAAUACUGCAAGAACAACCAGAAAAUAAUAUAUUUGCCUUUGUACUAGGAAAUUCCAUUACAAACCCAAAAGAAGUGUACAUUUUCAAAUUCAAUAACUCAUCAACGUGUCACAUGAAUUGCGCAGACCCUAAAAAGCAUGUACAUAUGGUGAAUCUCUCAAAGAAAGUAAUUAGGAAUAUUAUUGGAGGUUGUUUUGACAUUUUCAUGACUGAGUGUAAACCAUUGCCUUUAUACUUUCUUGCUAGAUUGAAUUCACAAUUUUCUAGUAAGGAACAAACCAGCAGUGAGGAUGAUGAAAACAAUUCUCAUGCCAUCUAUAUAUCAAAACCAAAUUUUAAAUUUAGACUGAAGGCACCUUCUACGUUCAGAAAAUCGUUGAGACAACAUAAAAAAGAAGGAACCAAAAUUAUCGACAUGAAAGUCCCCAAGCUUUUCAUUAUUGAGCUUAGUGAUCAUGAAAUGACCAACACAGAAACGUCGCAGUCCAAACAAGAAAUUGAAAGUUUCCUCAAAUUUAACAUUGCUUUCCAAACCAAUACUAUUGGAUCGACGUCUUCUCAAACAAAAGACACAGAAGAGGAUUGUUGGUUUCUUUUCAAAUAA